AUGUCCACCGGCCGCCGUCCCGUGUGUCACCGCUGCGCUCAGAUCAAGCAGGCCUGCGACGGGAACAUUCCGUGCUCACGAUGCAUCCGCCUCGGACUGCCUUGUCGACCUCGAAAUACCGGCGAUAACGUCCUGCCCGACCCCAGCACCGACGACGCCGAAGCCCCCAAAGCACGGAUCCGCCGAGUUCAGACGGGAUGUCUGAUGUGCAAGCAGCGAAAGAAGAAGUGCGACGAGGUCAAACCCAGGUGCGGUGAUUGCCGCCGUCUCUGCCUCGAGUGCCACUGGCCAGUAGAGCGACCGAAGGAUUACAAGGCUGUCAUGGCUACCGACAAGGCGACGGCACGGCAGCGACAGCAACAACCGCGACCACCGCGGCAGCAGAGCUCCACGAAGAUACCGUCCGACUCAUCCCUCGCCCCCACUGCAUCAUAUGAGAAGCUGCCGAUCCACUCGACGAGCCCUCAGAUGCGUUCGCCCGUCAGCGUCAAGCAGGAACCCUCCGCCGGCAGCGACACGGUCCCUGCUGACCUGCCCCCACCUGUGGGCUAUGAUGCCUUGGUGAGCGGGGUGGCAGCAUGGCAGAGGGAGCAGAAUGUGCCCAGCGUCGUGACGCCGCCGUGGUACGAGAUGGUGUCGCCUACGAGCAACCGUGGCUCGCUCGACUACUUUGAUGCGCCGUCGCUCUCUCUGUACAUACCACAGCUGCUGCCGCAGCUCUCAUCCCCAUAUGACCGAGCUCUCCUCAACCACUACUCGACCAUCGUGUCGCCGUUGCUUUCACGUCGAUCGAGCACCCUCACGAACCCGUACAUUAGCUACCUGCUACCCAUGGCCCAGUCCAACGAGCUUGUGCUGCACUGUCUGCUGGGGCUCGCAGGCAACCAUUGGCGCAAGAUGCAGCCCGGAAUGGGCAAUCGCGGGCUCAUGCACCAAAGCAAGGCGACGCACUCGCUCGCCUGCCUGCUGCCCCAUGUCGACAAAACGAGCGCCGACAUUGCGCUGGUGAGCAGCCUCUUGCUCUGCAUGACGGAGCUGUUUGACGGCACCAGCGAGGGUUGGAGACUGCACCUCAAGGGGGCCAAGAAGUUACUGGCGGCGCUGAGACAACAGCACAGCGACCUCUCGACGGGACACUACAAGUUCCUGGUGCGGCUGUCGCGGUUCCUCGACUCGGCAGCAACGGUCUCGACCUGCCGUCCACCGCUGAUGGAGGAGGAGGCUAGGGAAGAGGCGACGAUCGAGGGUAUGACGCCGAUGGCCGACACCGAGGACUCGGCUGUUUACGGCAUUCCGAAGGAGCUCUUCCACCUGGUGGACCGGAUAAACAGCCUCGCCGAGAAACGCAAGGACAGAGUGGAUGCGGCUUCGGAGGCCGUCUUCAGAAGCCUGGCAGCCGAAGUGGAAGAGCACAUCGACAACUGGGCGCGCGACUAUGGGGGCCUCGACCGAGCCGUCACGACAUUGGCAUCGGCGGAUAAGGAUGCCCUCAACGCCGCGUUGGCAUUCGAACACGCGCUGCGGCUGCGGCUGCACCAGGUUGUCGAGGGUUACGACCUCAACCAUUUGCGCGUCGUGACCAACGUCGAGGGCAUCCUCAAGUCGGUUCAGAAUAUUCGCUACGGAAGCCCCCUAGAGCCGUGUCUACUGUUCCCGCUCGUCAUGGCCGGUGGGGCCUGCUGGGGUCUGGAGCAGCGGGCCGUGAUCCAGGACCGUCUGAUGGUCAUGGAACGGACGUGUGGGUUCGGAUACGUGUAUAAUGCGCGGGAUCUGGUGGAGCGGGUCUGGACCAGGAGGGAUCAGUCAGCGGGGACUGAUGAGGUUGUCAAUUGGGCGCGUAUCCGGUAUGAAGAGAUGCACGGAUUGGUUGUAUUCUGA